AUGUCGGUGUUCGACGCUGCUAUCGUCAACACGGAGCUUUCGAAACCGACGUCGAUCUUCGGUCUCCGGCUAUGGGUCGUCAUCGGAAUCCUACUCGGAUCCCUAAUCGUCAUCGCCCUCUUCCUCCUCUCCCUCUGCCUCACCUCCCGCCGCAAAAACCGCAAACCGCGAGCCGACUUCGCCUCCGCCGCCGUGGCAACGCCGCCGAUUUCGAAGGAGAUUAAGGAGAUCGUUCCGGCGCCGGCGGAGAUCCAGGUGGACAUAGGGAAGAUGGAGCACAGAGUGGUGUUCUCGGAUCGAGUGUCGAGCGGGGAGAGCAGAGGAACGGCGAGUGCGAGCGAGACGGCGUCGUAUUCGGGGAGCGGGAACGUGGGGCCGGAGGUGUCGCAUCUGGGAUGGGGGAGGUGGUAUACUCUGAGGGAGCUGGAGGCGGCCACGAAUGGGCUGUGUGAGGAGAAUGUGAUCGGAGAAGGAGGUUACGGGAUAGUGUAUCGUGGGGUUUUAACUGACGGUACUAAAGUCGCCGUCAAGAACUUGCUUAAUAACAGGGGGCAGGCAGAGAAGGAAUUCAAAGUAGAAGUGGAAGUGAUUGGGCGUGUACGGCACAAGAAUCUCGUUCGGCUCUUAGGUUAUUGCGUUGAAGGUGCUUACAGGAUGCUGGUGUAUGACUUUGUGGAUAAUGGCAAUUUGGAGCAAUGGAUUCACGGUGAUGUUGGUGAUGUGAGUCCUCUAACGUGGGAUAUUCGUAUGAACAUUAUACUCGGGAUGGCUAAAGGAUUGGCGUAUCUACACGAGGGUCUUGAACCAAAAGUGGUACAUCGGGAUAUAAAAUCGGGGAAUAUAUUGCUUGAUCGCCAAUGGAAUGCUAAGGUUUCGGAUUUUGGACUUGCUAAGCUCUUGGGUUCCGACAGCAGUUAUGUGACCACCCGUGUCAUGGGAACCUUCGGUUAUGUAGCGCCGGAAUAUGCAUGCACCGGAAUGUUAAACGAGAAGAGUGACAUCUACAGCUUUGGAAUAUUAAUCAUGGAGAUCAUCACUGGUAGAAACCCUGUUGAUUAUAGUCGCCCUCAAGGAGAAACGAAUCUAGUGGACUGGCUGAAAACAAUGGUAGGAAACCGAAGAUCAGAAGAAGUAGUUGAUCCCAAAAUAGCGGAACCACCAUCAUCGAAGGCUCUUAAACGAGUGUUGCUAGUUGCUUUGCGUUGUGUGGAUCCUGACGCAAACAAGAGACCUAAAAUGGGACAUAUCAUUCAUAUGCUUGAAGCUGAAGACUCACUCUAUCGCGAUGUAAGCCAUUUUUUUCUGCGUUUUCAUUGUCUUUUCGAUGAAUGCAAUUUCCCUAAAAUAAUUGUCUAAUGGUGAGACGAUGUUUUUUUGCAGGAACGCCGAACAACGAGGGACCAUGGAAACAGAGAUAAGCAAGAGACAGCGGCUACUGAAAGCGGGGAGAGCGGUUCGCGGCAUCACCAGCAAAAGCUAAGAUGAACAAAAGGAUCAUCAUUUUAAGUGACUUUGCUUCUCACACACGACCAAUUCCCACUUCAAUUGAUUCUUAUUAUUAUUAGUUUUGUGUCACAUUCACAUACAUAAAUAUUUUUCAUUCUUUGGCUCUUGAGUUACGUCUAAUUAACCUUUUUGUUUUUCCUUUUUGUAAUAUUUUGUCAACGUUCACAUGUCACAUAUAUAUAAAAAUUGGAGUAUAAAAUGUAAUUGUUUUGGACCAA